UACGAAAAAACAAGAUGAGUAAGAAACAACCAACAGGGAAGAUGGCUGUAGGCUCUAAAAAGCCAGCACCUGGAGCUGCCUCAAGUAAAGCUGUAGUCCCAAGAGGGUCUGGAACUAUGGUUCCCAAGGGUAUGCCUGGACCUAUUGCAAUGAAAAAACAGGAUGGAAUGCUUGUACCUGAGGGAUAUACAAUGAGGAAAAUUGAACCGGCCAAAAACUAUGAUGUGGAAUCAUUUGCACGUGCUAUGAACCCAGAUUUUGCUCCACGGUUGAAACAACUCUUUGAUCCAGAAACAGAAGCAGCUGUCAGGGCACAACAGACAGGUAUUUAUAUUGGAUGGAGAUGUCCUGAUUUCAAACAUGACUGUCAACGGGUGAAUGACAUGUCCAAAUGUUUCUGUGGUCAUCUCUUGGGAGAACAUGGCAAAUAUACUGGAAAGAGUGUGCUGGUUCCCUGUAAACAAGGAGGGUGUAAGUGUAAAGGUUUUGCCUGGAUCCCAUCUCGAGCAGAGGAUGUGGGAGAGUUCUGGAUGCAAAGGCGAAGAAAUUUUGAUCCAUCUACAUGGAGAGCUAAAUGUAAAUGUAAACAUACACAUGAACAGCAUGAACCGGCUGGUAUGAGGAGAUGUAAAACAGGUUGUGGUUGUGGACACUUUAUCUCCAACUUUUUGUGUGCCGCGUGUGAUAAACAUUGGGAGGAUCAUGAAACUUUCUUCGAGACAGAAGAUGUUAGAGCUGCUAAUGGUCUUCCUGUUGGUGAGAUGUACUUGCCAUUUGCCGAGAUGCCACACUUACGUAACAUAGCUCUCACUGGUGACGAGGAAGAUGAUUCCAGAUAUCUGGCUCUCACACAUGGCGAGGGUUCGAUACCCAGACAGAGACAAAUUACCAGUGGAAAUGAUGCUCCAUUCCCAGGACAAGGAGCCAGUACAAAAUCAGGGUUCAAACCUGUAUAUGAUUAGAAAAUGUGAUACAUUUUGAUAUAAACUAAAAAAACAAAAAAGAAUUAUGUUAGGGUAGUGCUUGAACAUUGUUAUAUGAAGGAAUAAAGCUUAAAUAUGUAGAGAUAUAUACAUUGCUGUAGGACAGUGCUUCUUGUAUAGCUUGAAUUGAUCAUCAGCUCACUGUAUGAUGAAAGCUAAUUCCAAUGACUAUUGGUAUGUGUAAUUUAAAUAAAUAUUUCAUCAUUGAAUAUUCUUCAUACUAAGGAAGAACUAACAGCUGUAACAACUCCAUUAAAGGCACAUUUUGCCUCAGAAACGAAUAAAUGUGUACACCUUUAGAAAGCGCAAAUAUGAGUUGUAUAAUAUUUGAAUAAUAGUUCAAGAGCAUGUUAGAUGCUUCUUACCUGAAAAAGGUAGCGCUAAUUGUGAAAUUAUUAGUCCUAAAAGUAGCAAAAUGUAAACAAAGUAGUAUUUUGACGUCCAUGCAGAAUACGAAAUUACUUGAAUGUAUUUAUUGCUAAAAAGCAAAUGAUUUACAAAAUGAUUCUGAUAAUUUCCCAACAAUCAUUUUUUGGAACUUUAAAGGUACACCAAAAAUGGA